GUAAAUAAAAAACAUAACCUCACUUUCGUCGAUGAAAAAGUUGUUUUUAAAAUGUUUUAUCAUUUUUAUCGCACUUUAGCGAUUGUUGCAAACAAAACAUCGUCGUUGCUUCGAUGAAAAAGCGUUGACAAUGCCCGUGGGACCAAACGUAGCUGAAACUCCGAGAUUCGCCAGAUUUCGCAAAUUCACCGAGACAUUAUUCUACAUUCUACUAUUAUGCCUCGUUUAUCCGAUAACGUUCGAUCAAACGGAACGCACAUUUCAAACGUAUUUGCGCAAUUUCAACAAGUCUUACGAAAACGAAGAAGUUUACCGACAGAAAUUCGAAGCUUUUAAGGAAUCCCUAAGGCGUAUAGAUGAACUAAACUCAUACAUGAAAGAUGGUUCAAUCGUAUACGGAUUAACUAAAUACUCAGAUAUGUCCCCAGAAGAAUUUUCGAGUUCCAAAUUAGUUUACAAACGACCUUUCCAACCUAUCGAAAGCCUCUCAAAGAGGUCUUUAAACGAAUUGAAAUUUAGCAAAUUCAAUAAUCUACCUCUCAAAGUAGAUCUAAGAGAGAAGAAUUACGUAUCGGAAGUACUAACGCAAGGUUCUUGCGGAGCUUGUUGGGCCUUCUCCGUUAUAGGAAUCAUCGAAUCCACUAAAGCUCUACAAGAUGGUAACCUAACGAAAUUAAGUAUACAACAAAUGAUCGAUUGCUCGUACUACAAUUUCGGUUGUACGGGCGGCGACAUUUGCUCGUUAUUAGAUUGGCUAGUGACCUACAACAUCGAGAUCACCACCGAAGAGGCCUAUCCUCUCAAACUACGAACCGAACCGUGCAACCCUCCGAGAUCCAAUCGAACGACCAAGCUCCGAUCGUACGAUUGCCGCAGCUUCGUGCAAAGAGAGCAGCUCAUGCUGCACCACGUGGCGACCCGCGGCCCCCUGGCGGUGGGAAUCAACGCGGAGAGUUGGCAGCACUACAUCGGGGGCACCAUUCAAUAUCACUGUUCGAACGUGGCCUCUUCUUUGAACCACGCGGUGCAGAUAAUCGGCUACGAUCUAACGGCCCCCGUGCCUUAUUACAUCGUGAAGAACUCCUGGGGGGAGGAUUUCGGCGAGAAGGGCUACCUGAAGGUGGCUGUGGGAAGGAACCUGUGCGGGCUGGCGCACGAAGUGGCCUCCGUUAGGGUGUUGUAAACGCCAUGUUGAUAUUAUUGUACCUGUUAUAAGAUGAAUAAAUCGAGUUAUAUAGUU